AUGAGUAAUAUGAAAAGUGCAAUUUUAAAAAAGAUUACAGAAUCUUUACAAAAUGUUGAUAAUGCGAACGUAUUCAGCAUUGCAUCUUAUUUGCAAUUAAAAACACAAAAAACAGAAGGAAACUAUUCUUUUCUGCUUCCAUUGAAAACUAAACAAUACAACAUACAGAACAAAAUACAAAAUAUUACAAAUAAUGAUCCAACCAGUGUUUUUGAUAAUAUUCAUAUAGAAAGCAAUGCAAUCUCUUUCAAUAUUUCCAGAGACAGAUGUGUUAAAGAAAUUUUGGAAUGUAACUGUUCAACAGUAUCAGCUCCAACUUUCAUGAAUAAUGGAAAAAAUAUAGUAGUGGAGUUUAGUUCACCAAAUAUUGCAAAACCUUUUCAUGUAGGACAUUUAAGAUCUACAAUAAUAGGAAAUUAUGUUGCUAAUAUCAACAGUUUUGUAAAAAAUAAGGUGAAGAAAAUCAAUUAUUUGGGUGAUUGGGGUACACAAUAUGGUUUAGUUCAAUUGGGAUUUGAUAUGGCGAAUAUUGGUGAGGAUGAAAUGAGAAGAAGUCCCAUAAAAGCCUUAUAUACUGCAUAUGUUACUGCCAAUAAACUGGCAGAAACUGAUUCCUCGAUAUUGGAUCGUGCGAGAAAAAUAUUUAAUGAUUUAGAAAAUGGUACUGUAGUUACACAUGAGCAAUGGAAAAUGUUUAAACAGUAUACUGUUGAGGAAUUAAAAACAGUUUAUAACAGAAUUGGUAUUACAUUUGACGAAUAUCAUUGGGAAUCUAUGUAUAGUGCUAAAAAUAUAGAGGAAAUAGUUACAUUGAUGGAGAAAAUGCAAUUAUUAACAAGGGAUGAGCAGGAUAGAAAAGUUGUGAGUCUAGGCAAUGAGAAAAAUAUUCCCAUAAUCAAGAGUGAUGGCUCCACUUUAUACAUAGCUAGAGACAUUGCCGCGGCUAUUGAUAGAUUCGAAAAUAAUUAUUUUGACUGUAUGUAUUAUGUGGUGGAUAAUACACAGGCAAAUCAUUUCUUAAAUUUGCUAGAAAUAUUAAAACGAAUGCAAAUGCCAUGGGCUGAAAGAUUAAAACACGUAAAAUUUGGUAGAUUGCAAGGUAUGCGUACAAGAAGGGGAAAUGCCGUGUUUUUAGAGGAUAUCUUGGACACUGCCAGAGAUAUUGUGAAGCAGAAACAAAUUGAUUCGCCUACUACUAAAGUUUGUCUGGAUUCAAAUGAUAAGAGCUCAGAUAUAUUAGGCAUUUCUGCAAUGAUAGUUAAUGACUUGAAGAGAAAACGACAACGAGAUUAUACGUUCGAUUGGAACGCAGCAUUUGAUUUGAAAGGAGACACUGGCGUAAAGUUGCAAUAUACACAUUGUCGACUCAUUAGCUUAGAGCGCAAUUGCGGUGCUAUCUUAAUUUCGGAAUGUGAGCCAAGUCUAUUGCAAGAAGAAAUCGUUGACGACUUAGUCAUAUUAAUUGCUAAGUUUGAAGAAGUAGUACUAAGAUCAUAUGAAGAAAUAGAACCCUGUAUAUUAACGACGUAUCUUUUCAAUUUGAGUAAUACAAUUAAUAAAGCUUUCAAAUUAUUGAAAGUAAAGGAUGAAGUGGCUGAUGUUGCUAAACAAAGAUUGCUACUCUUUCAUGUUGCUAGAAACGUUCUUGCACAGGGUAUGAAAUUACUUGGUCUAAUACCUCUGGAGGAGAUGUAAAAAGAAGUAAUUGGACCUAAAAAGAAAACUCUAGCAUAUUGACCAAUCUUGGUGAAUCUUUAAUUAGAAAAAAAACUGUAUAUCUACUUUUCUUAUUCAAUAUCAAAUGGCUAGUUAAAUUUUUAUGAACAAAGUUUAUUGUACGAGAUAUUUUUCUCUAGCGUCGUUUCAUAUAAUUUUAGUGUAUACAAUGUAAAAAUUAUAUGAUAAUAAGCAGAAUUAACGUUUGUUCCAAGCAAACUUUCUUCUGGCACCUUCUUGACCAAACUUCUUUCUUUCGCGUCUUCUCCAGUCCCUGGUUAGAAGUCCAGCUAUUUAAAAAUAACAGUAAUUUUUUAUUAUCCGUAUAUUUAAUUAGUGUUAAUUCUAUUGCAAUCGUAAACAAAUAUCGAAAUAUUUACGACUAUAAUUUGCCAAAUCAAUUGUUUCUUACCAACUCGCAUUCUCUCAAUCGUUGGUUUGUCAACAAAGCUGCGUAAGCCCCAUGCAAUACCCCAACGUAUAGCACCCGACUGACCAGUAGGCCCCCCACCAUUAAUUGUGGCUUCGAUAUCUACUUUGUCAGUCAUGUUUGUAAAAAGCAAUGGAAAUAUAAUCUGUAACAGUAAAAUAUACGAGAA